AUGCAUGUGACCCUGUUGAGAAACGACGCCCGAAGCCCUGCAGGGCGAUCUCUUACUUUGGAAUCAUCGGAUUAUUCCAGCGGACGUUCGGCGAACAAACCAAAUGAGAAAGUUUACGACUUCGGUGCUGCAGCAGACCAUAAUGCCGAGUUCUUCUGGGGGAAGAAUAACGAUAUUGACGAGCAAGCAUACGACUUCGGUGCUGCCGCAGAUUAUAAUACCGAUCUUUUGAAGAGAAAGAAUAACGAAACUAGUGAGCUAGCGUUACCAGAGUCCUUGAACACUACGCUUCUGAGCACUUCAUAUGCUGCUACACUUGUACCAGAGCCUCAGGCUUAUAUGCGGGUCAGCUUCGACUCAGGCGAAUGGAAGGAGAUUUUCCCGGCAGAACCAAAUGUCGAGGUAUCGAUGGCUGGCUUCAUAGAAGCUGGUGAUCUAAGCAAACAAUUUCCCCCAACCCCAUUGGUCAAUGAUGAAGAAAUUCCCGGCCAGAUAGCCACUGCACCGUCAUCUUCACCAAGUCCCCGAGAAUUAUCAGGAGAAACUCAUGGAUCUCACGAAGUUGCUCUAAGAGGGCAAAAGGGCAGACUGAGUUGCUACUACCCAGGGUGCAACAAGACUUUCCCGCGUAAAUAUGAACUCAAGCGACAUAUCAAGAAUAUCCACACCCAAGACUUCCAGGCAGUUUGUCCUAUUUACGGGUGCCCUCGAACUACGAAGCCAUUCAAAAGAGAGGACAAGUUCAUGGAGCAUUUCCGAAAACAUGAUGGUUCGCGAAGUUAUCGGUGCCUGAUAGAGACUUGCCAAUCCGCCCCAUUCGACAUCCCAGGAUUAAUUGAUCAUCUCACGAGGAUGCAUUACGGAGGCGACGAUGCUCAACCCAAUCUUGAUUUCGUCAAUAAAAAAAUCUUGGGGAUCCGUUCUGUUCCAUUCUGGUUUCAUCGCUUAUGUUUGGAUGGUCGUGAUACCUGCCCAUUGGCACCAAAUGGCUGUACUUGGCGAGUCACAGCUGAUUAUAAAGAACACAGCUGCGAGCACAUGAUGCAACAGCACAUUUUUACCCAUAAGCUUUCUGAUCGCCGCCAAGGAUUAGAACUUCUAAGAAGCUUCUUCGUAGGUGAUGAUAAUCAAUAUUUGGACGAUGGAACAGUGAAUUGCUUGUUAUGUUCGUUCCAGGCCAACGGGUACUUCCACCGAGAGGUUCUUUUCGAACACAUGGUGAAAGAUCACUCCCAAGAAGAACGUGGUUCAGUUCUUAGAGACACUAGUCAGAUCAUUGUCAAUUUCAUAUCUAUGUGGCGUCUGUACGCCAGAGCGAAUCAUUUGAAUGCCAUAGUACUUGUAAAAGAGUGCAGAAGAGCUGACCUUGGAUUUCGGAACUGGGAACAACGCUUUCUCGGCGAUCUCGAGGGGAAUUGA